AUGGACGGGCACAUCUACGGCAGCCGCGUAACUGAGCUGGAUCCGGGUCAGUGCACGGAUGAAGCGCCCGAACACGAUCCUGAGGGGCCCAAAUACACCGCAAAUCAUGCAUCUGUGGAUGUCAUGGAUGUCGCAUUCAAAAAACUCGACCUCGCUCCUUCGGAAGCCCAGAUCGACUGUACUACUCCCAAGGAGAUUGGUUGUGAUCACAAUCGCAGUCUCGGAAACGAUUUCGAUUACGGUUUCCCCACGAGUACAGCCGAUGAGGAACAAUUUCGAAUGAAGCAAGAGGACGGACAUAGUAAUGAUGACGAUGAUGUAUGUCAGAGAUGCAAGUCCUUCCGUUGGGAUCAAAUCCCAUAUACGCAGUUACCUCAUGAGACUCUGCUUCUUAUCGACAUGACGAAGGCUCAGCUAGCAGCAUCGCACUGCCGCAUCUGUCGCUUUGUCGCGAAGAUCAUCGAAGCCCAGCACCUCCCAGAAGACAAACACUAUUCGCUGGUAGGAUUUAGAGUGGACUCCACCACCUCUAAUAAUUUCUGUUCAAACAUACCCAACAUUCAAGGAAAAGGAAACACAGGCCUUGCACAAAUUAAGCCUCAUGAUCGGGAGACUGGAGAACAAGUUUGGACAGCCUCUGAUGGAGAGUGGAGCCCGUUCCCACAUCUCGCAAUCACCGAUUUUUCACCGCAGGACAACUCGGUCGAGAAGCGUUCUUACAAGGCCAGCCACAUGAAACUCGAUCAGAUCAAAGGUUGGAUUGAAGACUGCCACAUAAAACACCGCGAAUGUUACAUUGGAGACGUCCAGCAUCUGCUGCAAAACUUGCGUCUGAUUGAUUGUGGUUCAAAGACUGUUGUGCCUGCGCCUGUGGGAUGCCAUUACGUGGCACUGUCUUAUGUUUGGGGACAGCACAACGAUGCUUUUGACGACUUGCAAAAUCCACCAAAGACUAUCGAAGACAGUAUCUAUAUCGCGCAAAUGCUAGGAUACCGGUACCUCUGGAUCGACAGAUUUUGUAUCGACCAGAAUGAUAGAAUGGAUAAGCACACGCAGGUCAGGCAGAUGGGCGAAAUAUAUUCCGCAGCACAGAUUACGCUUGUGGCGGCAGCAGGAAGCGACCCAAGCUAUGGCUUACCCGGCGUCCUGUCGAGGCCACGACUCAUACCGGAAGCCGAGGAAAUCCAAAACAUGUGUCUGAAGCCUCUCCCACGCUUCGUUCAGCUAGCAGAAGUAGCUGAGUCAAGAUGGGCUUCCCGAGCAUGGACCUUCCAGGAAUUCUAUCAUUCCACGAGGCGUCUAAUCUUCACUGAGAACCAGAUUAUCUUUAUGAGUUGCCAACAGAAGAUGGGUAUUGGGCUCAACGUUGGUUACCCCAACAUGGGUUGGCAGGGGAUCAAGGGUCGAGCUGGACCGCUAUUGACCGGGCCGCGGGACAUCUACAGGCCUAUAGCAAUCGGGACUUGA